AUGAAAGACUUGUAUACUCAUACGACCCUUUUUUGUAGCCAUCCAUUCUAUGUGACAUCUGAAUACCUUAGCCUUUACCUGUAUUACAAGGAGAACUACGCUUAUCAACCCGUCAAAAAUUGGACCUCCAUUCGCCGUGCGGAUGGUACACUUGCUGUGCAAGUUGACAAUUCAUGGUUUCCACCCAACACGACUCGCACACCCGUUUACGGUUAUUACCUACCAGCAGGCAUGAACCCGCUGAAAGAAUUAUCCAAUCCAGAAUCACAAUACCCUCAUCCUUUUAAUUUCACAAUUGAACGACCCCAAUUACCAUCACUGGAUGAUUCCUCAGGAGGUGGUGGUCACCAUUCAUCUUUACCUGGAUGGGCGAUUGCGCUUAUCACUGUAUUCAGUAUAGGUGCUGUAGCACUGGCAGCAUUCCUUUUAGCACUUUGUAUCCGCCGUCGUCGACAUGAUCAGCAACAACAUCAUCAUGAUAUAUACCCUGUUGGGUAUGAUCCAUAUCACCAUGACGACGAACAUCAUCAACAACAACAACCUGUUAUGCGUGGUGUUAGUACUACUACGGAUACGGGUUCAUCCAUUUAUUCAACGACACCUAUGAUGCAUGCCACGUUUUCAGCUCCACGUUUAUCAAGCGGCAAUUACUCUUCACGUCGGUCCUCUAAUGCUAUGGCACCUCCUAAUACUGCUGCCAUCCUCAAUAAUCGAAGCGCUGUAUCACAUAGCACAUCUUCAUUCAUUACGGAUGCACCUGUACCCAGCACAGCUUCCUCUUCACGUCUCGCUGAUAGUACAUUUAUGUGGAUGGUGGAUUCAUCAUCACAAGAACAUACAACAACAAUGGAGGAACAACGAAGACGGCAAUUGGGUGAAGCCUUACUAGCUCAGCAGUUAUCUGAAGAAGAAGGCGCUUCUGUUAAGCAUGCUGAAAAACGACCCAUCACAGUCAAUGGUAUUAGAAGUGAGGAAAGUAGAGCUGUGCUUGAGGAACGUUAG